AUGGCUCGGCUCCUAUUGGCCGAGGAGCGGGAGGGCGGAUCGAGCAGCGCGUGGCGGGCGGCGCGCGUGGGGAACUGGAGCAUGGGACGUGGUGAGCGCGCGUCGCAACGAUUUAAUCCUUCCGAGACCUUUGGGGGCAUAAUGAUUGAUUACCCGUAUGUUGAAUGCACAUCAGCAUCAAUUCAAUGUCUAGCUUUAUUCAAGGAACUCUACCCAGGGCACCGCAAGAAAGAGGUGUACAACUGUAUCAGGAAGGGCGCAAAUUUCAUUGAGAGUAUGCAAAGAAACGAUGGUUCAUGGUACGGAUCUUGGGGCAUUUGUUUCACCCACGCCACAUGGUUUGCAGUGAGGGGGUUAGUUUGUGCUGGCCGGACGUUCAAGAAUAAUCCUGCAAUAAAAAAGGCAUGUGAGUUUCUAUUGUCAAAAGAGCUUCCUUCUGGUGGUUGGGGAGAAAGCUAUUUGUCAUGUGAGAACAAGGUUUACACACAUCUUGAAGGCAUGCGACCUCAUGCAGUCAACACAGCUUGGGCCAUGCUGGCCCUAAUUGGUGCUGGACAGGCUGAAAGAGAUCCAACACCACUGCAUCGGGCAGCUAAGGUCUUGAUCAACUUACAGUCAGUGGACGGAGAAUUUCCACAGCAAGAGAUUAUUGGAGUCUUCAGCCAAAAUUGCAUGAUCAGUUACUCCCAGUAUAGGAACAUCUUCCCUAUAUGGGCUCUAGGAGAGUAUCGCACUAAGGUCCAUGUUGCAGGGAAGAAAUAG